AUGAGGGAUUGCACUUGGAGGAUUCAUGCUUCAGUUCUAAGGGACGAAGUCAGUUGGGCCAUAAAGAAGCUAGAAGGAGAGCAUGCAACUUGUGGGAGGCUGGAAGAGAAUCCUAUGGUCUUUUCAGCAUGGCUAUGCAGACAAUUGUUACAAGACUUAGAGGCAAACCUAGAUGUCCCAGUUGAUUCAUUGCAGAGGCUAUGCAUGGAAAGGUACAAGAUCCAUGUGAAGUUGAGAUUGUUAUACAAAGUGAAGAGUUUAGCGAGGGAGCAAUUACAUGGUGGGUUUGCUGAGUCCUAUCCAGCUCUUCCAAAGUAUGUUGAAAUGAUAAAGUUCACAAAUCCUGGGUCUUAUGCUCUGGUUACAUGGACUGACAAUUUGCAAUUUAAGGCCUAUUUCAUAUCUUUUGCAGCUCAAGUGAAAGGAUUCUUAGGUGGUUGUAGACCUAUCAUAGGAAUAGAUGGUGCACAUUUAAGUGGGUAUUACAAAUGGGUUAUGCUCACUGCAGUUGCAAUAGAUAGGAAUAAUGAGAUCUUUGUGUUAGCCUAUGGGAUUGUUGACACAGAGAGCAUAGAUUCCUGGACUUAUUUUUUCAGAAACUUGAGGUGCUUGUUUGCUCAGUAUGAAUAUCAAAAGGAUGACUGGACUUUUAUCAGUGACAGGAUGAGGGGGCUUGAAUCAGCAUUGUUUGAGGUGUUCCCAAGAGUUACAAGGAGAAUAUGCUGCCAGCAUUUGUACUCAAAUUGCAAGGCUGCAGGAUGGAGUGGGGCAGCAUUUCAUAAGAUGUUUUGGAUUGCGGCAAAUGCCUACAAUGACAGCAUAUAUCUCAAACAUGUAGAAGAGCAGUGGAGUGUGCACAUGUUUGACAUGACAGUUUGUUGUGAUCAUAACACAACAAACUUCGUGGAGUCAUUCAAUGCAAUAACAAAGGCCAACAAGGACAUGCCUGUGUUGACAUUUCUGGAAGAUGUCAGGAAUUUGUGCAUGAAAAGGAUGGGUUUCAGGUUCGAUAAAGCAGUAAGCAUGGAACCUAAUGAUCUAAUAGAGCAUGCAAAGGGGGUGCUGGCGACUAGGACUGAUGAUUCUAGGUUCUGCCAUGUCACUGCAGCUGGUGGUGGAGAGUUUGAGGUGAGGGAUGGCCAUGUCAAGUUCCCUGUCACCCUUGGAAAUAUGACUUGUGGGUGUGGGAAAUGGCAAAGAUCAGGGAUCCCUUGCAAGCAUGGGCUAAGGGUCAUUUACAACCAGAGACUUGAUCCUAGGGACUUUGUCUCACCUUUCUACAAGGGGCUACUUACAAACUCACUUGUGGAGACCACAUCCACCCCAUGGCUAAUCCAACUUACUGGCCUUCACUAG